ACCAAAGUUUGCGUUGGCGGGCGGCUCAACAAUCGAUCAUGGUUUUUAAUCUGCCGUGUGUUAUUUUUAAGCAUACGAGAUGUACAUCCUUUAAGAUGCACGUUUGAGCGGGAUGCAGGAUAGUAGUGCGGUGAAUUAUGCCGUUGCCAUGAGAGUGGACUGAUCGAGGCACUUUUAAAGGUGGCCACAGAGAUGGAGAGUCCUUCUAAGAUCGAGAGGCGACAAGCGUGGGCAAGCAGCCACCACAAGUUUACCGUAAGAGAUGCAGAACACCGCAGCCCAACAGCAGAACAUCAGUCUCAUUUCUCUCUCCAAGAUGAUGUCUUUGUGGAUGGAUGCUCUGCUGGAAAGAUUGAAACCUGGCUUCAAGGUUGUGGGAAUGAAGCCAGUCCUGCCAAAAGCAGUCACCUAACAAUAGGCCCUUUGAGGACAGGUACCAGCUUCGAGGAUGAUCUGAGUCUGGGUGCAGAAGCUACUGCAUUAUAUGCUGCAUCAGGUGCACCACAGUUUAGCACACCUCAACAGAAGCUCAACCUGCCAUUAUUCAGCAUGGGUCAGAGCGUUGCAUCCAGUGCCUUCUCAACCACUACCAACAGGACUGCUUCCAGUGUGUCUGAGGUCCUCCAAAUGCGUGCUGAAGAUGCAGAAGAGACCCUUUUCCAGCUGGGUUUCGGUUGCGAGGAACCGCAGGUCACUGCCCGCAUCCCAGUCCGCUUCUUCAACUUCCCGUCCCAGCUAAGAGGCAUCAACUUCCGCCUGUUCCUUGAAUCCCAGCUCUCCAGGAUAUCGGACUCCACGUCUCCAAGCAAUUCACCUCGUAAGCGUAAAUGCAGUCUGUCAGGUGUAGUUGAGAAAAGUGCAGAAGAUGACAAUGAAGAGUUAUGUCUUCAAAUGGAAGUAGAUGAUUUGGAACAAGACUUGGACUGGUUUAUAGAGAGCAAGAAAGAACUUGAGGAGAUGACGUAUGGGGAAAAUACCGAAAGGACUGAUUCCUCAGAGUGGAUGCCUUGUCAGUCACUAUCCGAGACGACAAAUGAAAAUGUACAUGACCUCAGCCAUGCAUUAGCAGAGUGUACACCUUGCCUAAAGCCAAAAACGGACAUGGACGUGAAGUACAAAGGUUGUACUCUGGGUUCUGUGCUUUCAAAUAGCUCCAGCGUUACCGUGGAACCUGUUCCUAUCAUUGCCCAUGAUAUCAUAUGCCCUCAGGUUGUUGAAUAUGUGAAUAAGGCACCUUAUCGCUGCAUACACACAAAUAGUAUGGAUAUCAAAAACUCACCAUUUGCACACCAGACGACUAAUAAACCUUCUGUACGACAAUCUAAUGUAAAGAAUUUACCCAAGUCAGAUCAGUUAUGUCAGAUCACAAUCACUGGAUGGGAGGACGACACCACCCUCUCCAACAGAGACACACAGGAGCAAAGUUCAUCCAACAUCAAGAGGUUGCUAAGCCCGGUAAAACCACUAAACCUGAGCAAACAAGGCAACUCCUUCGAGCUGGAAGAGGUUCACAGUGCAGAGGAAGAGGAAGCCACUUCAUCAGAAUUCUGCUCCACAGUCACAUUGUCUGUUUCGACGCAUCACCACAAAUCGUCACCAUUGAGAGGGGACAGUUUUCAGUCAGACAGCAGUGGAUAUGCUGACGAGGAUGUGCACCAUUCCCUCUUAACCCCAGAGAAAACAUAACAUCAAAUCUCAGGCUAAUGAAGCACAAACUGCGUCUACUAAUGUCCUUCAAGUCAACAUGAAAUGGUGUUUGCAAACCCAUCUUUCUAAGCGGGAUGGAAUGACUUUAUCUUUGGAAUAGUUUGUACAGAUAAGUCAUGCACAAUAAGACCAGGAGCAUGUGAUUGUUGCUUUUAUAUUACUCUAAUGUGAAAACCAGCAGCCUUGAAUGAUGCAUAUAAUCUGGUUUUGAAAUAGUUUGUUUUCUAAUUUUGUGCACUUUUCGGUCUUCUUGUUCAGAUGGAUAAACUGCUGUACAUAUUGCCUUUAUUUGUCAUUCCACAAUGGUAAUAAAUAAUUUAUUUGAA